AUGUUGCUGGCUACAGAUCCGGUACGCAAGGAUCCGCUAGACAACUCGGGCACCUCGGAGGGCCACCCGUUGCGGUUCAAGGCACUGCAGCUCACUCGGCUGCAAGCUGCCAUACAGGAGCAAGAGAACCAGUUGAGAGUCUUCUUCCAACACGGCUCGAUAUGGAAAGGGAUAACAGCUUCGGACCGACUAGCGCUCGACCUCUACAAGCUCUGCAUGCACCAAUACAAAGACGGCACAGGGCCCGUCCUGGAGUGGUUGAAGAAGUGGGGCAGCGGACAGCCCCCGUUUAGCGGCCCAGAAGCGAAGUGGAAGGACUGGAAAGCCCUGCUGUUCAACCGCGGACUACAGGGUCCUGCACUGCUUUUCGACAUGAGCUACCACAUCUCCGGGCUGCCGCGCUCGCUUCAAUAUCCCGCCAACGAUCGCGAAAUUCUGGGGUUCAACAUCACGCUAACCAAGCGCUGGUCCGACAUCCCGAAGCUCGAGGAACUGUUUGAUCAGAUCAGCAGCGGUAGCGUUGGCAAGGAGAUGGGCGUCGAUGCGUUUAAGGCGGGAAGUGUCAAGGCGCAGCUCGAUUUCGUCGGCUACCACGAGCUUUUGAAGCUGAAGGUGGCCAGCGGUGCAAAAAUUUGGUUCCCAGAGGGAGACAUAGAAAAGUUCAACCAGCUCGUCGCAAAAACACCAGCCAUCGCGGAGUACCUGGUCUUUCUCGCGUUGGUGAUGGACUUGGAAGGAAGCAUGUUUCAGGAGCCUCCCUACAAACAGGCAUAUGGACAAUGUCACGAUUUUGUCGCGAAUCGCCUCAGCCUGUGGACCACCAGCUUCUUCCAGCGACACGUGCUUCAGAAAGACGGUUUCGCAGGGGAAAAGCAAAUCUUCGAGCAUGUCCGUAAAGCCUUCAAGGAGCUCGUUGAUGAGCAGGAGAAAUAUUCCGGAACGUUCACGAAAGAAAUUCUCCUAAAGAAGCUCGACAAGAUCAAGAUCUUCUUCGGCGCUUACGACCCGUGGGCUGAGGACCGGCUGAUGACACAUUAUAAGAAGCGCCUCCCCAACGACGCGAAGACGUUCUUCGAAUGGAAAACACGGUUUUACGAGGAUAUCAAGGAUAAGGAUCUACCGGCCGAUCGUCUCAUCCCUCUCGAGUCGCAGGAUACAACACAUAACAACGAAUUUGGGUUGGUGCUGACUCUCCCCAAGAUGGCCCUCCACGACCCGAGCCUCCCACUCGAGCACCUCGCCGGCUCGUUGGGUUGGAAAUUGGCCGAUGGAUUCUACGAGACAUUCAAAAGUGUCAUCGGCGACUUCACUCUACCCGGCGAGCUGGACCCGGUGGCUCGGAUUGUUUAUCGUGCCUAUGUGAACGCGCGGAACGUGUCGCAGAGCCCGACGCUGCCCCUGCCAGGGCUAUAUGGGCACAACCUGGAUCAGCUUCUAUUUCUCAACGCCGUUCAGCCAUAUUGCGCUAGCUACAGUGAUGAGGGCAGGAAGAAAGCAGCCGAAAGAAAUACCCAGCUUUACGACGACUAUUUCAACAAGGCCUUGAAAUUCUUUGAGCCCUUCCAGACGGCCUACAAGUGCCAG